GGCUGGCGUCUGCACCUGCGACCACCGUGAGCAGUCAUGGCGUACUCCACAGUGCAGAGAGUCGCUCUGGCUUCUGGGCUUGUCCUGGCACUGUCGCUGCUGCUGCCCAAGGCCUUCCUGUCCCGCGGGAAGCGGCAGGAGCCGCCGCCGACACCUGAAGAAAAUUAAGAGUGAGAACUGACAAAAAGCCAUUGGAUUUGACGGUUAAGGAAAAUUGGGCCAGUUUCCACCUAUGAUGCAUCAUCACCAGGCACCCUCAGAUGGCCAGACUCCUGGGGCUCGUUUCCAGAGGUCUCACCUUGCAGAGGCAUUUGCAAAGGCCAAAGGAUCAGGUGGAGGUGCUGGAGGAGGAGGUAGUGGAAGAGGUCUGAUGGGACAGAUUAUUCCAAUCUACGGCUUUGGGAUUUUUUUAUAUAUACUGUACAUUCUAUUUAAGCUCUCAAAGGGGAAAACAACUGCAGAGGAUGGGAAAUGCUAUACUGCCACGCCUGGAAACACCCACAGGAAAAUUACCAGUUUUGAGCUUGCUCAACUGCAAGAAAAACUGAAGGAGACAGAAGCAGCCAUGGAAAAAUUAAUCAACAGAGUGGGACCUAAUGGUGAGAGUACCCAGACAGACCAUAGUGAUGUUUACGUCCAUUGCCUAGGAGUAUUUACCACUAAAUGGUUGGAUUGUCUGAUAUUUCUAAGCAGAGCACAGACUGUGACUUCUGACCAAGAGAAACGGUUGCUACAUCAGCUCCGAGAAAUCACCAGGGUCAUGAAAGAAGGAAAAUUCAUUGACAGAUUUUCUCCAGAGAAAGAAGCUGAGGAGGCCCCUUACAUGGAGGACUGGGAAGGUUACCCUGAAGAGACUUACCCAAUUUAUGACCUUUCAGACUGUAUCAAGCGUAGGCAAGAAACAAUCUUGGUGGAUUACCCUGACCCAAAAGAACUUUCUGCUGAAGAAAUAGCUGAAAGAAUGGGAAUGAUAGAAGAGGAAGAAUCAGAUCAUUUGGGUUGGGAAAGUCUGCCCACUGACCCCAGAGCCCAGGAAGAUAAUUCUGUUACCUCGUGUGAUCCAAAGCCAGAAACAUGUUCCUGCUGUUUUCAUGAAGACGAGGAUCCUGCUGUCUUGGCAGAGAAUGCUGGAUUCAGUGCAGAUAGCUACCCUGAGCAAGAGGAAACCACCAAAGAAGAGUGGUCCCAAGACUUUAAAGAUGAAGGGUUGGGCAUCAGCACCGAUAAAGCAUAUACAGGCAGCAUGCUGAGGAAGCGUAACCCCCAGGGUUUAGAGUGAAAACAGCCAGUCUGAAGUAUCCAUUACUCAAGUCCCAAGGUGACCUCUCUCUCCUCAGAUUUCCUUCUUGGCCCUGUGCCCUGCACUUUCUUCACUGUGUUCAAGUGUCAUAGCUAUCAGGCCACUAUCAUGGAUAUCAUGUAUCCUUCCUGGUGCUCACACACCUGUCACCUUGUAAAACACGGACAUUAGUGUGAACACAGGACAGCUUCGCUCUUUCUCUUCCUGCCUUUCCUCUAUCAGAGAAGUUGAUCCAUUAAGUAAUUAUGUUUGGUCUAUUGUAAUUACAGAUGGGACCACUCAGGGGCAAAGGUCUGACUCUUCCUGGUAGGUGUAACAGAUAGUUCACCUGUGAACGAACAUCAGCUUACAGAUGAUGAGGACUUAAGGUUGCAAGAAUGAAGAUUUCAGACUCCAAGAUCCCUUAUUCUUUGGGCCUUGAGCAGGUUAGUAGUCCCCUGGUGAGAAGAGAACAUUUUGUUUGUGGGGCUGAUGGGCCCAGAGGAGGGUAAGACUCUACUGUCUAAGCUGAAGCCUCUUCCUUGCAGCGAGGGUCUUCCUAGGAACAUUGAUGCUGCCUCAGACAUCCUCUUUUCUCCAGAGUAGGGAAGACUCCCACUGAUCUGAGAAUGAGCCCAGAGGCUUGUUUGGGGACUGUUUUACUCUGAUACUACCUGGAUAUCUAGCUUCCUUUACCCCUGUUCUGCUUAACAGAACUGCCAAGCCCAGAAGUACCUUUGCACUCCUGGUUUUCAGUGGACAGAGGAAGCUUUAGAUAGAGACGUUAGACCCUGCCCUGCAGAGUCAAGACUUGAGGCCAUUGAAGCUGCAGGAAGCCCUGCGCAGGGAUGGUCCUGCCAUGAGGAGGCUGCAACCCUAUAAGAGGGCUCAAGAUUGUGAAUUCUGUUCCUGCCAUGAGGAGCUCAGAAGGCCAGGAAGCCAGCAAUAGGGGAGAGAAUCUGUGUGCUUAUGGACAGUCCUUACCUAAAGCUGUUUCUGAAUGUUGCACCCUUUGAGAAAUUUCUUCUCAGAACCAUAAAUUGAAACAAAUGAGGACUGAUCUUGUAUACAAAGUGCCAACUCAAGAGGGAAGUUGGAGUAUGUCUGUUGCAGAGAACCAAUAUAGCAGUGCCCAGGGGUAGAGACCAUGUGUUCCAUACUCGGAUAUUUGGGUCUUUUGAGAGAGCUGGGGAAAGUAGCAGCAACUGGAUUAAGACUGGGAGGAUUUUGACCAAACUAAAGGCCUUUUCUCCUUACUGCAUCUGACGUGUGUCUUCUUGAGACAAGAUAGCACCCAUGAAUUACAUCAUGAGGUAUGUGUGAAUUCAGUUUACAUGUAAGACCUGAGAGUUUGAAGAGGGCACAUUCCCAAAGACAUUCCCAGUCAUGAAAUGUAGAAGACUGGAAAAUUAAGACAUUAUGUAAAGGUAGAUAUGGCUUUUAGAGUUACAUUAUGCUUGGCAUGAAUAAGGUGCCAGGAAAACAGCUUAAAAUUAUACAUCAGCAUACAGACUGCUGUUAGAAGGUAUGGGAUCAUAUUAAGAUAAUCUGUCAGCUACUACUAGGCAUUUAUUGUUAAUUGAGUUACAGAAAGUCAUUCAAGACUGAGUUUAUAGAAAGCAUAUUGCAUCUGUCUCUGUGUAGAACAUUUGAUUCACAUUGUGAAGAAUGCAGUUUAAAAUAUACUGAAUGCAAUCUAGAUGUAUUGUACAGUAAAGGUGAAAAAUAACAGGUGCUCUUUACUGUUUCGAUAAAUUGUUUUCUGUGUUACUUCCCUUCGUUCACUAUGAGGGGUUGAUUCAUGAGGAGAGCCCUGGGUUCCUGGCUCAGAUUUACUUUUGGCCUUAGGAUAUGAUUCCCUUAUUAGAGAUAAAUACUGCUGUUUUCUUCUAGCUCAUUCAUUCAUUUAGCAGUCAGUUGCUCAGUGCUAGGUACUAGGAACAGAGGCUCAAUUUCUACCCUCAAAAAACUCAAUGUAACGAGAGAGAGCCUGACAGAUAAAAUGAACUAUGACCCUAUAAGAGGGCUCAGGAUUGUGAAUUCUGCAGGCAGAGAAACAUGAGCCAUGAUCUGUCCCUGCAUUUUCUAGCUGUGGAAUCUUGGGUCAGCUCCUUAACUGGUCUGAGCUUUGGCUUCAGGGUAGUAAAGGGAGGGGUAUUAAAGGUCCUGGUUAAAUGAAAUCAUCAGUGUGUGUAAAACAGCAUUGGUUCUAGCUCAUACAUGAUAACCACUCAUUAAGUGGUAAUUAUGUUUUUAUUAUAAGGGCUAUGCUGUAAUUCAGACAUGGGCCCAAAACUACAGGAAAGAUAAAUUGUUUUUGCUAAAGUAUUGCCAAGAAACUUCACGGUUUCUUGGGAGGUGGGCCUUGAGGCAUGCAAAGAACUUCUUCAGGUAGGCAAAGAAGAGAGGACACUCUUGGCAGAAAGAGUUGUUGAAAAAAGCAGUAGGGUGUGAAAAUACAUGGAUGUUCAAGUAUUUUGGUGAGGCUGUUAUGUAAAGUGUUGUUGGUCUUUGGGGAAAAUUGGCUUAUGGAAAUUCCUGCCAGAAGUACUAAGCCCUUAUGGUGUUUCUUCCUGCCCUAGCUCUUGGUUGGUUUAUAUAUAAGGAAUAUAUUUGUGUAUUUAUAUAUCAGACAUUUGGAUGUACCUUUCAGUUAUUUAGGAUUUAGAAAAUUCUUUUUGGAUUUUCCAGAAUUAUUUUAUCCUUCAGGGAUGACAUAUGUGUAUAUACAACCCAGGAUGACAAAA